AUGCAAAGAUGGUACUUGAACAACAAUUCGAUGUGCUUGGAAAGUGGUUAUACUCCACGGAGCAAACAACGGAAAUCGUCUGACAGCCCUUGGGGAGCAGACGAACCUCAACGUUGUAUCCACUUUCCAGAGAAAUCAUUGACGCCAUCAGCUUACGUGGUAAGAGACAACUCCUCUGACGCCAGAAGAGCAGCAAAGCGGAAUAUGCCAACUCUUAAGCUUCAGCUCGAUUACGUUCUGACGAAGAACAUCCCUUUGUCAGAAAUCCGAAAAUAUAGAGCUGUCUGGGACGUCGCAUUCGAUUCCGACCACCGCCCAGUUUUGAAUGGACGUCAAAAGCGAAGGAGUUUGAAAAUUCAUGUGAGGACAAGCCGGCUUUCGCCCUGGUCGAUUUACGAUUUGUCAGGUGUUGAUAGUGAGAUGAUCAGGUUUAUUGUGAGGAGAGUGAUUGAAGUGUAG